ACGGGGACGUUCAAGAGACUACAGAAACGAGUCUGGGCCAAGAAAGCCAGGGCCCCUAGUCUGAAGGAGAUGAAACCUGCCUUCGUAAAUCUCCAAGAUGAAGAUGAAACAUUGAUUUCCUGUAUGAAAUUAGCCAGAUCCCAAGAAAAGAAAAUUAGUAACAUUAGCACAAGAGGAAAGGAAGAAAUGGAGAUUGGAUGGGAUUCUAUUUCUGCAUCACGGGCUAGAUCCAGCGCAUCAACUGGAUGCAAUUCAGCAGAAAUGUUAUCCCCCAACGAAGGUGAAGUUCAGAUGUGGAACAGCUGGAAGCCGUUUCCAGAAAACCCUCUCUGGACAUGUGUUGAUUUCCCAAUUGCCCAAAUUGGACCCUGGAACAACUGUUUCCGCUGCCCUCACCACCCACAACUGAAGCCUUCUUAUACAGAUAUGGAUCUCCCACACUCUUGGCGCAGCAGCAGUUUUGGGAAUUUUGAUCGUUUUCGGAAUAAUUCCAUUUCAAAACCAGAUGAUUCAACUGAGGUAUAUGAAGGGGAACCCAUAAAUGAAAGUGGAGAACAAAAUAAAACUUCAAAUAAUGGAGGAGGAUUAGGGAAAAAAAUGAGAGUUAUUUCCUGGACAAUGAAGAAAAAAGUGGGCAAAAAGUACGUCAAAGCCCUUUCUGAGGAAAAGGAUGAGGAGGAUGGAGAGACUACUCUCCCAUAUCGGAACAGUGACCCAGUGAUUGGAUCUCACACAGAGAAGGUCUCCCUCAAAGCCAGUGACUCCAUGGAUAGUCUCUACAGUGGGCAGAGUUCAUCAAGUGGAAUAACAAGCUGUUCAGACGGUACGAGUAACCGGGAUAGCUUUCGACUUGAUGAUGAUGGUCCCUACUCUGGACCAUUCUGUGGCCGAGCCAGAGUACAUACUGAUUUUACACCAAGCCCCUAUGACACUGACUCCCUCAAAAUCAAGAAAGGAGACAUCAUAGACAUUAUCUGCAAAACGCCAAUGGGGAUGUGGACAGGGAUGUUGAACAAUAAGGUGGGAAACUUCAAAUUUAUUUAUGUGGAUGUCAUCUCCGAAGAGGAAGCAGCCCCCAAGAAAAUAAAGGCACACCGAAAGACCGGAAAGGAAAAACCCAAGACUCUGCAGGAGUUCCUAGAGAAGAUUCACCUUCAGGAAUAUACCUCAACACUUUUACUCAACGGUUAUGAGACCCUAGAAGAUUUAAAAGAUAUAAAAGAGAGUCAUCUCAUUGAAUUAAAUAUUAAAAACCCGGAAGACAGGAUGAGAUUACUAUCAGCUGCUGAAAAUCUCCUUGACGAAGAAACUAUUCAAGAGCAAGAAGAUGAAUCUGUGCCCCUAUCCUUAAGCCCAGACAACUCCCUAAAUAAGUCACAGUUAGACGACUGCCCAAGGGACUCUGGUUGUUAUAUCUCAUCAGAAAAUUCAGAUAAUGGCAAAGAAGAUCUGGAGUCUGAAAAUCUCUCUGACAUGGUACGGAAGAUUACUAUCACAGAGUCAAGUGACUGAACACACAUUCUCAACUAUAUAUCUACAAACGCAUUCCAUUUUAACUCUACUUGAACUAAAAGAUCAAAUAAAUGGGAGAGAAAGAAAAUAUUUGGCGAUACAACCUAAAGAGAAAGUGUUUUAAUCUGAAUGAUUUUAUAUAAAAGUUCAUGUCUCUAACAUUCCCAAUUAUUGUAAAUAGUAUGUAUAUUUAUUAUUUUAAAUGCUACAUGUUAAUAUUUCACUUGCCUUUAUUAGAAAAGGCGUAGUAUAAGUCUUUGAUAUGUGUGAUAUAAGCUAUAUUCAGCUUUGUUUAAGUGUGAAAUGAUAAAUUCUGCAGGAAAAAUCUCCUCUUUUUUUCAUACUUGUUGGUUUUGCAUUUGUGUCUGUUAUUCAAUAAAUAGUAAUGAAGCAUGUGUCUGUUUAAACAACUGUCCAAGCAGCAUUCACACUCAUUUUUAUACUUAAUGGGAAAGCGUGAGUUAAUGCUGGAGACAUUUUAUCCUGAUCCACAGUGGAGUUUCAGAAAUUAUUUUUUGUUAAUUUCUUCACUGUUACCUGGUAUAAAAGUAUAGAUAACAAGAUAUUGUUGACUCAUUGAGUAAAACGAAUUUUAAUAAUUUUACAGAUGUUUCAUCUUUAAUUGUAAAUAUUUUUAAUUGUGAAAUACCUUAAUUUUAAAUAAUAAAAAGAACUAUGUGCAUUUGCUAUUUUCCAGA